AUGAAACAGUGUGACCGACGAUUGCCAACAUGCGGCAAUUGCAUCGAGGUCAAUGCCGAAUGUGCUGCUCGCCAUGUGUCGGUCGAAUUCACCAUGGAAGAGGGCACUGGCCUUUCCCAUGCUGCGCUGCCGGGCUAUAUCGAAUCACUCAAGCGCAAAGCUGAUGAUUUGCAUGACCAACGGGAGCAGCAGCGACUGCGCGUAUCUAAUGCUUCGCCCAUUCCCGUCCAGACUGCUACUCCACAGACAUCGGAUGUCGCUGUCUCGCAGGCCGAUGACAUGCGCGCCAGGGAGCAAUCAGUCGAGGCUGCCAUGGGAGAAAUUGGCCUGCUGUCCCGCAAUGCCAUGGCAGAGCCUCGCGAUAAGACAAAUAACCCGAAAGAGCUGGCCAUGGGCAACAUCGUCCAGGCUGCUCUCGACAUCUCGGGUGAAGAUCCAUCACGAUCGUCGUAUGCAGCUCCCCAUAGCCGUCGGAUUGCAACGAUGAUCCGCCAGACAGACAUUCUCAACAGAGAAUUUGCUCUUCCAUAUCUGGAUCGAUUUCUCGACCACGUUGCUGUCAUAUUCCUGCAUAUAGAGCCCACGAGAGCAAGGCAGCAGUGGGAUGCUUUCUUCGCUACACAUGAUGAAUCACGGGAGCAGACCGUAGAUGAAUCGUUCAGGAACUUUAUUGUCUACAUGAAUAUAGCGGUUGGGAUGCUACUAUCUCGAGAGCCCGGGGUGGACGUGGUCGCUGGGAGUCUGCAUGCUGCAGCAAUGAAUAGCUUCAAGAUGGUGAUGGACUCGGACGACCCCGAAAGGAUACUGGAAUGCAUGCUGUCGCUGGUGAUAUACUCUUUGUUCAGCCCCCUGGGAGGCUCAGCAUGGCACCUGAUUGGUCUUGCAAUGCAAAAGUCCAUUUCAUUCGGAUUCCACCGAGAGCCACCGAUGGACACUCCCCCAUCUACGCAGAACUACAGACGAUGCUUGUUCUGGAGUCUCUACACCCUCGAUCGGACUAUCAGCAGUGUCAUGGAUCGACCCUUUAGCAUUGAAGAUGCGGAUAUUUCACUACAAUACUCAGCCGACGACUCCAACUCAGCGGACUUUGCCAUUCAAAUCUUUGCACACGCUAGACUCGUGUCUAGCCGGCGACGAUACCAAUCUCGAGGACUGACAUUCCAUUACAGCAACUUGAAUCAGUGGCGAGAAGCCAUGAGCUACGUAGAAGCCGUGUCCAGGAGCAAGGGAAAAGCUCCGAGUUACAUCAAGCAGCUGGCAUCACGGGCGUUGCUGCAGACCAGCAAGGUCAAGAUGCGCUCGAGUAUAUGGAAAGCUGGAACCGUGGAUUGCGAUUUGAUCACAACCAGUAGGGAUUUCAUCGACGAGGCCUACCAACGAUCCGAAAAAGGGACCUUUCCUGGGUCUUUCAUUGAUGCUUUUGACAUCUUCGCUGCUGGAGUGGCUGUCGUUUGCAUCCCCCGUAUUAAGCAAGUGUCUGCAGUAGUCGGCGAGAGCUUCAUCAUCAGUAAAUGCGCUGCCUUGUUGACGAUCCUCGGCGAAAGAUUUCCAGCGCUGCGAGUGUUUUGUAGGAUCAUCUGGACGCUGUCGAGCUUUCUGUCCGAAGGGCUUCUAAGAGAUCCACCAACCCUCUAUGUUCUCGAUAAAUUUCCUCCCCCAGCCAUCGAACACGCGAAGAAGCUAUUCAACGUCAUCCAGCCCCACGACGAGCAGUUCCAGAGCUGGCGACAAAAUGCUCGCCUCCUGCUAAUCCGAGGAUCCUACAUGACGGCCGACGAUAUCGCCAGCUGUCCCAACCUGCUCGCUAUCGGCAAGCACGGCGUGGGCAUCGACAAGAUCGACCGUGAUGCAUGCGACAAGCGAGGCAUCAAGAUCCUUAAUACUCCUGGCGCCAAUGCCCGCGAUGUCGCCGAGCUCGUCGUCACUCUCGCGCUGUCCGUGGCGCGCACCAUCCGGUCCAUCACCACCCGCCAAAUGACCAAGCCAGUGCCCAAGGAGACAUGCAACGGGGUGACUCUCUUCCAGAAGAGAGUGGGCAUCAUCGGCAUGGGCAACAUCGGCCGAACGGUCGCGGAGAUCUUCCGGGGCGGCUUCGACGCAGAGAUCAUCGCCUUUGACGCCUAUCUGCCAGCCGAUGCAUGGUCGCAUAUCCCUCACACCCGCGCAACGAGCAUCGAACAGGUCAUCACCACGGCGGAUAUCAUCUCGCUGCAUAUCCCAUUGACGGAGGAAACACGGGGCAUGAUCUCGUACCCGGAGAUUCUCAGAAUGAAGCCGGAUGCGAUUCUGAUCAACGCCGCGCGAGGGGGCAUCGUCAAUGAAGAUGACCUCGCCCGAGCUCUCUCUGAGGGCCAUCUCUGGGGCGCUGGAAUUGAUUGCCAUGAGCAGGAGCCUCCGAGCCGGGAGAAAUAUGGCUCACUUGCUUUCUAUUGUCUUUGCACUUUUGGCCGCUGGAACUCCGGCACAAUGCCAGUCUACAUACUGCACGUUGCCUUUGAUGCUGUCUGUGAUAAACAGCGUCUUCCCCUCUGGUCCGCCAAAAGUACAGUUGGUCAAGUUCUUGCCCCCUCCGUCGGCCGUGAUAAUCCUCGCCUUCGGAAUGCCAUCCGCGUCAACAACAAAGACAGAGCCCAAACGAUAGACGCAUCCUGUUGGAUCGGUCAUGCCCGUCUGCCCUUGGUCCGUAAAGUAGAUGUCGUUGGUGGAGGAGACGAUCAGAUCAUUGGGGCCUUUGAAUCGUUCGAGAUUGCGUCGAGUGAGAAGGGGCGAUAUCGCUUGACUCGAUGGAUCGAAGAGGAGAAUGCCCUUGAAGAAUUAACGAUGACUCUUGUCGGACCCUCGAGAAAGAUGUCUGACGCUGGCAGUGUCGAUCCGCCACGCCAUUCGGUCGGCUGUCCAGUGCAUCGCAACGAGGCGGGAAUCUUAGCUAUGGGCCUCAUCACCGACACCAGAAAUGCCAUCCACAACUCCCCCAAAAACAUCUUCAAUGCCUAUGUCUUGAUGUGCACGUGGAUAUUCGGUCUCUCUGGAGUGUCCAAAGGAUUCGAUGAAGGCAACAUUGCAUCUCUCGUCACUCAAUCCUACUUCAAAGCCAAGUUUGGCCUCGACAAGCAAUCAUCUGCCGAGUAUGCCAAUACCAAAGGAUGGAUUGUCUCCAUUGCUACUGCCGGUGCUGUCUUUGGAUGUCUUGGAUGCUCGCCCAUCAAUGACAAACUUGGCCGCCGCUGGACACUGCGCAUCUUCACUCUGAUCUAUAUCGCUGGCAUUCUGGGCCAGGGCCUCUGCGAUGGAAACGUGUCUGGCCUCUAUGCAUCCCGAUUCAUCUCCGGACUGGGACUUGGUGCACUCACAAUCGUUCCCCCCAUCUACAUCACAGAGAUUGCCCCCAAAGCCAUCCGCGGUCUUCUUACCCUACAAUAUGCAGCUUGCCAGCAGCUGGGCGUUGUCUUCGGAUUCUUCAUCAACUACGGCGUCACGAAGCGACAUCCUUCCGGCAACACACAAUGGAUGCUGCCAACUCUGCUCCAGCUUUUGCCAGCUGCCAUCUGGCUGUUUGGUUCAUUCUUCUGCGUGGAAUCUCCACGAUGGCUACUUUCCACCGGACAGCGAGAAGCAGCGGCUGUGGCCAUGUCGAGACUGCGCAACCUCACUCGCGAUGAUCCGGUGGUGAUCAGCGAGCUGGCUGGGAUAGAUGCGCAGAUCCUCCACGAGAUGGAGGCCGUAGGAGACGCCUCGCAAUGGGAUCUGCUCAAAGAGACUUUUAUUCCCGUCGAGAACAGACGCCGCUUCUUCCUGAUCUUCAUGGCGACGGUCUUUUCGCAAUGGUCCGGUGCCAAUGCCAUCACGCAAUACUCGCCCACCAUCUUUGGCUAUCUGGGCAUCAAGGGCGAUGAAGCGACUUUUCUGGCCACGGGGAUCUACGGCGUGGUCAAGUUUGUUAGCACCCUGUUGUUUGCCCUCGUCAUUGUGGAUUUUGUCGGUCGUCGGCAGUCUCUCAUCACCGGCAUCUGUCUCCAACUGACCACUCUCAUCUUUGUGGGCGCCUAUCUCGGUGUCACCAAAGACAUGUCCCCCGAACAGGUCAGCGCCAGUCCCAGUGCUUCCCGUGCAUCGACAGCAGCCAUCGUCGCCAUCUUCCUACAUGCAGUGGCCUGGAGCAUUGGCUGGUUUAGCAUUCCGUAUCUGGUCGGGUCAGAGAUCUUUCCGGUUCGCAUCCGCUCGCUGAAUGUGUCCAUCUCGAUGGCCUUUCACUGGGCGUUUUACUUUGGAUGCUCGCGUGCCAUGCCGAGUCUGUUGACUGCGACGCACAAAUGGGGAGCCUUUCUCUUCUUCGGCCUGAUCUGUCUGCUGUCGCUGAUAUAUGUGUUUUUUGCCAUGCCGGAUACCACUGGCAGGCCACUGGAAGCAUUGGAUCACCUCUUCCAGAGGCCCUGGUAUACGGUAUACCAAGUUGCUUAUGCUUCUCAUGAUGAGCGAGAAGAGGUUGGAGCAUCCAAGACUGGCGAUCUAACACGCAACCAUAUCGAAGUGGUGUGA